UGGUGUUCAGCUUCUUCAAUAGGUCCUGGAUAAGUCAAAGGCGUUUUUUCGUUUAUCAUAAGAGCUACGAUCAUAAAAGCCGGUUAUAUGUUCAGUUGACUCAAUCGAUUCUUCAGCUUGUAGCUAUUAAUAAUGACAGCUAAUGGCCUAUUCGAUGGGAUAAUAGUCAAACCCAACCUUGUUGUUUUCGACUUAGACUGUACACUAUGGCCAUUUGACUGUGACAUUUAUGAUCGUCAAGUUUUUCACAAAAAAGGUGGUGUAAUUUAUGAUGAAGAUGGUAGUCCACUAGAUGUUAUUGAAGAUUCAGAUUAUAUAUUAAAAGCUAUCAAGAAUGAAAAGGAUAUAUUACUGGCAUGUGCCUCAAGGACGUCUUCAGUAGAAACAGCUCGCCAGUUAGUUCAUCUAAAUGGCUGGGAUAAUUUAUUUGAUUACAUGGAAAUAUAUCCAAGAAGUAAGGUUGUCCAUUUCCAAGCAUUGCACCAAAAACUAAUAUUGCUUACAACCAAAUGAUAUUUUUCGAUGAUUUACAAUGGAAUAUUUCAGAAGUGAAGAAUAUGGGUGUUCACAGUUAUCUGGUACCUAAUGGUGUACAUACGGGUGUUUUUCGAAAAGCGAUCAGAGAAUAUGAUAAAUUUUGGUCGCGCAAAAAUAAUCCAUACUGAAAGUUUUGAACAUUAUUUAUCCUGAGAUGAGAAUAUACUACUUGUGAUCAUUUCAUAUCUUGUCUAGUAGAAAACUUCAAGUCGUUUCAGAAAUCUGAUGCAUUUUAAAGCGGUUUCUAACCGUUCAAUUAAUUCAGUAGUAUUCUCGCCAAUUCAUGACACUUUUGUUUCAGA